ACAUAGGUCAUUUUUCUCUGUUCUCUGGAAUGUUGAUAAUUACACAAUAUUGUUGCGUGUCAGCUUCAAAAUAGAAUGCCAAGCAAAUAUACUAACUACACCACAGUUUUCAAAAUGAUACUGUAAUACGCUGGCCUAGGACAUUUGUGGCGCCAGUGCUUGGAGAGGAUGUGCUUGCGGCUUUGGUAAAACGGGCGACGGACGCGAUACAGCUACGGCACUGGCGGCGGGUCCAAGAGCAAAAGAACCGUGUCCGUUGUGGGGAUCGCCAGCGUGUCGACGGACAAGAAGAACAAAAAUGAUAUAAGAAAAUUAUCGCCACCCAAAGAAUACAAAUUAAUGUGGAAUUUGGAUAACUACACAAGGUUGUUGCGUGUCAGCUUCAAAAUAGAAUGACAAGCAAAUAUAGUACACCACAGUUUUCAAAAUGAUACUGUAAUACGCUGGCCUACGACAUUUGCGGCGCCAGUGCUUGGAGAGGAUGUGCUUGCGGCGUUGGCAAAACGGGCGACGGACGCGAUACAGCUACGGCACUGGCGGCGGGUCCAAGAGCAAAAGAACCGUGUCCGUUGCUGGGAUCGCCGGCAACAAAAUUACAAAGAAGGUAAAAGUUGCGGCCUUAGAAAAACCCGUAGGAAAAUCAUCGUCACUUUAAAAAAAGAAUGCCAAGCACAUAUUCUGAACGACAGUUUUUGUAAUGAUGCUGUACUACGCCGGUUAACGACAUUUACGGCGCCAGUGCUUGGAGAGGAUGUGCUUGCGGCGUUGGCAAAACGGGCGACGGACGCGAUACAGUUCGUAUAUUAUCAUGAUGCAUCCUAGCUACGGCACUGGCGGCGGGUCCAAGAGCAAAAGAACCGUGUCCGUUGCGGGGAUCGCCAGCGACAAGACGGACAAGAAGAAAAAAGUUGCUAUAAGAAAAUUAUCGCCACCCAAAGAAUACAAAUUAAUGUGGAAUGUGGAUAACUACACUAGGUUGAUGCGCAUCAGUUUACAAAAAGAAUGCCAAGCAAAUAUACUACACCACAGUUUUCAAAAUGAUACUGUAAUACGCUGGCCUACAACAUUUGAGGCGCCAGUACUUGGUGAGGAUGUGCUCGCGGCGUUGACAAAACGGGCGACGGACGCGAUAAAGGCCAAAAGAAUAUUUUCAAUACACGGAUAUUAUCCAAUAAUAUCACAGGAGCUCAAGAAGAGAGGGUGGGUAGAAAAAAGAAAUCCAGACAUCAAACCACUGAAUUAUGAUCAUUUGCUUACUACAUUGGGUUCAGCAAACAAUCGUGCAAUAUUUAACAUCAGGUCACCGCCUUCGUUAGCUUCAACAAGGGAAUCCUUUAUUAUUGAAAAUAAAGAAAACUCAUAUUUGUGGCCGAUAGUCAAAGACGUUAGCGCCAAUUACAUUUUUACUACAAACCGAUUUGAUGUUGAUUGGAAUAAAAAAAAUGACAAGACAAUAUUUAGUCUAUUGAAUAGUUUGAGUUUUUGCACUAAAAUUGGAUUGGCUGAGACAGUCAAUACGAUAUCAAAAAAAGCUAAUGUAAAAUUUCCAAGGACCUACAACAUUUCAGACACAAAGACUAUGGAUUUUUUUAUAAAAGAUUUUAAAUUAACAGCUUUGUUUGGUUCUUUGAAGAUCAUCCUUAGUUCAAAAUAUUCACAAAACUCCAUAUUUAGUCGAAACGGAACUAUUCCAUACGAGAUGAUCGACUUCAUUGAACAGCGUUGCUGGGAAUUCGUGCACGCUUAUCAAACUCAAGAAGAAAGCGAUAUGCUGUGGUUUACAAUAUUAUUUGAAGAUGGCUGGACAAAAUUUAUGGUUUGGUAUCAGAAAAUUGUAGAAGGAAUCGCUACUAUUUGUGUUGGUAACCCGUUUCAAAUAAAUGAUAUUUAUGAGCGACUUGAUGCUUUGGAACGUAAAAUUAAGACAUUUUGUCCACAAUUUUUCAUCGACGGCGAUACAAAUCUGUGGAUUAUAAAACCAUCUAAUUGUUGUUCCGGUAUAGGAAUAAUAUUGGAGAGACGUUUAAAAAAUAUUUUGAAAACUAUUAAAGAUACUAACAGUUUCAAUAAAUCAUACGUUAUACAGAAAUAUAUAGAAAGGCCAUUGCUUAUAUCUAAAGUCAAAGUGGAUUUGAGACAAUACUUUUUAGUUACAAACACGAAUCCCAUACAAAUAUGGAUGUACAAGGAAGGAUAUGUACGAUUUUGUUCCAAGAAGUUUACAGUUCAAGAUUUAGGAGAAGAGAUUCAUCUCAGCAAUGUCAGAGUUCAAUCAAUGAAUAGAAAAUAUAGAAUAGCCGGUGUACCGGAGGAAUGUAUGUGGGACUAUAAGCAAUUUAAAGAAUAUCUGAAAUCAAUUAAGAAAGGCGACAAGUGGGAUACAUCAAUAUAUCCUACAAUCUGUGAAACAUUAUCGACAGUCGUCAUAGAGUCUUUUAGGACAGCACAGGACAGCAGGAAAGCGUUUGGUUUUCAAUUGUUUGGGGCAGAUUUCAUGUUAACAGAAAAUUUAGAACCAUGGUUAAUAGAAAUUAAUAGUAGUCCUGGCUUGAAUCCAACUACGAGUAUCAUUGCAAGAAUUGCAUCGGCGUUAUUAACAGAUAUCAUCAAAGUUACGGUGGAUUUCCCACUUAAUUCAAAUGCAGAUACUGGACUUUUCGAGAACAUUUACACUGACAAACUUGUGAAACAUUGUAACACGGAGAAAAACAUUACAAAAGAAUAUUAUUACCACCAGUCGCCCCAAAAAACAAAACAAUUAAAUAAACAAAGCCACAAAGACACUGAACAGAAGAAAAAGAAAAUUGCGAGAUAAAUACUUUAAUAUGUAGGUAAGAGAUUAUCAAUUUAUUUAAAUUUUAAAAUGUUUUAAAAUGUCAUUUUCGGAAUAUAGAAUUUUGUAAAUACUCAAAAAAAUUUCUCCUGUGAAGCGGUCAAUUAUGGUCAUGUAUUUUAACUCAUCACGGAAAUUAAUAUUUAAAAACCCCAGUGAAAUAAUAAAAAGUAAUUGAAUUUGACGUUCUUAAAGUCUUACUUUAGACGUAUAGCACUAUGUAUAUAUAUUUAACAUAAUAUAUUAAUAUAUAAAGCGACUAGCAAGCUGACUCCUCCGUAGUAUAGUGGUAACUGGUAAAUAUCCCCGUCUGUCACGCGGGAGACCGGUGUUCGAUUCCCCGCCGGGGAGCCAUUUGACGCAUCAAAUUUACGCGUCAUUUUUACGGUCAUAGGAGAGAUAUCGAGAAUUAAGUUGAAAAAAUUACGCACGGUACGGCAUUUGAACCCGCGACCAACGAGACUGGGGUGACAAUCUCGUAACAAUGAGCCACCGCGGUCUUAUCAGCUUAACCUCGAUAUUCUCCUAUAUCUGGGCCUGAGUGGCAGUGUGUACGGCUGAGGAGAAGCGCAGGCGCUAAGGCCAUGUCAAAGCCGCGAGGUACAUAAAUAUAAGGUUAUUGUGUUGAAUUUUAUUUAUUAUCCUAGUUUUAUGCAUUUGAUUUUGUAAAACCAAAAAAGAAAAGCUAAAAGCAUACACGGGAUGAUUCUUUUACCAAGAACCAUUCAUUAUUUCAAAAAGUAUUCAUGUUUUUGAAAACAUUUUUUUACAUAGUUUCAAGUUGUUAAAAAUUCAACGUUUUUAUUAAAAAAUUAUAUUUUUAAAUAUUUUUUAUCCUUAUAUUUUUUUAAGUUUCUUACUUUUUUGGAUGACAAAAUAGAGUUUUAAUUUCAUACUCUAAAGUAAAAUAAUUUUUUGAUUAGUAUUUUGAUACAUAAAAAUUGAAUUUAAAGUUUAGACAAACUGAGUAGUGGACUCCACUCCGCACAUCUAAACGUUGAAUAUUUAUAACUAACUCAUAAAC